UCCGCCCGACGGCAGAGCGUUUCCGCUUCCGAGUGGCGGGUCGGCUCGUUGCUAAGGAGCCGCUGUCGCUAGGGGAGGCCUGGUCCGGCGCCAUGGCGGGGAGCCGCAUGCACAAGAGCGGGAGCGUGUUCAGCCGGACCCGCGAUCUGCUGCGCAUCGGCGUCAUCCAGAAGCCGCUGUGGUUCGACGUGUACGCCGCCUUCCCCCCGCUCCGCGAGCCGCUCUACCGCGAGCCACGGCCGCGCCACGGCAAAGCGACGGGCGGCGUGUCGGCCAUCUUGUACCGCGAGGACCAAGUGCGAGCGAAGUUUUAUAAAAUUUAUGGCAGUGGUCCCAAACCUUUUGAUCUGUCACAACCCAACUACAAAUCUACUUGUCAAAGGUUUGUUGAGAAAUACAAUGAAUUGAAAGAAGAAGGAAAAAUUGAAGAGGAAAAUCUGUUUGAAGAAACGGGAAAAGCCCUUUUAGCCAGUGGGAUAACUCUGCAGAGAAGAGGAACAGAUAAAGUAGCACAACAGGAUCAUCAGGAUGCAGAAGCCAGGGGUUCUGCUAUACGUCUGCAACUUCAGACCGUGUUGGAAGAGUUGCAGGAGAAGAAGGAAAGUCAGGAGGAGCAGACGCCAGAAGUGAGAGAAACACAGAAUGAAAAUCCUUCAUCCUAACAGCUGUGCUCUUGUCUUGGCACAUUCUGCAGCCUGGCAUUGUGUGCCCGUGAUACUCGCCUGCUCAGGAGCCAGCAUUUCCAUCUGCACAGCAUGGCGGUUCUAAGGCAUAUUCUGAAGAAGGGUAUGGCUCACUCUGGCUGUGGUGCCUCCCUGCCAUCAUGAACGUGACACACAUUCUUUCCAUCUCCCCACUUAGGAAGUAGGAGAUGAUCCUCUUCCUUUGAGGAACGUUUUCUUGACAUUUUCAAUUAUGUUGCUUUUGAGAUGGAAAAUAGAAUGGAAAAUUAAACAUUUCCUUUAAAAUGGUA